AUGAGCAAGAUGCGGCUUAGCGCGCACGGUGCGACGGCCACGUUUGCCACUCCCAAUAGCCACGCUUGGCGGCGAAGCACAUCGUACUCUCGAGACUCGACGCCGUUACCGUCUCAAUUUGUGCAUGCGAGCUCUUGCACUCGUAUGGAAGCGUGGAUACGAUGCACAGCGCUUGCUACGAGCAAUCUGGCUCUACCAGCUGACAAGACGCGCUACUUGAGCGCCGCCAUCCGCCAUGCCCAGUGUCGACCAUCCAACACGCGCACGAGCAGCUUGACAAGACCAAACGUGAGGUAUGCCUCUCAAUCGUGUGCAGAUCGCCAAGAAGCAGCUCUGAACACAUCCCCUUCAACACGAACCAAACGACGCACAACUGUAGCAUACGAUUCACUCGCGUCUUCGGUUCUGGGCGAAGACGGUCAACCACUACCGGCUCUGGCAGCUUUGACACCUGCAGUACGGAAGCGCAGCCGGAGCAAGUCACGCACCAAGCCGUACACUGAUGCAGCCACAUGCGCAGAAGCAUCGGCGCAAGAGACUGAGAGCAUCCGAUGGCCACCACUAGCGCAAAGCGUGCUCGACGAUAUGGCGCGUUUCCCAUCGACCAUCCUGCUGACGCGUGUUGGCGGCUUCUACGAAUCCUACUUCUCGCAAGCACCGCAACUCGCAUCGAUGCUUGGCAUCAAGCUCGCCAACCGUCGAUGGGGCGGCCAAGACGUACCCAUGGCAGGCUUCCCUGUCUUCCAAUUGGAAAAGUACCUCAAGAUCCUCGUCCUCGAUAAACGGCUGCUCGUUGCCAUCUCGGAAGAGUUCCGACCGAAAGACGACAAAGUCGGAAACGCCACCGAGAUCACAAGGCGAGUGAAUAGGGUCGUCAGUCCUGGCACGCUGAUUGACGAAAAGUUCCUGGAUCCGUUUGUCAACAAUUUCAUCGUUGCCGUCAGCGUCAUGCACGAGCAGGACAAGGUGAGGUAUGGUCUCGCAUGGCUGGAUGUGGGCACGGCAGACUUCAAUACAGCGGUGUGCGAGGACUUUAAGACAUUGAGGGACGAGAUCGCGAGGAUUGGACCGAAGGAGAUCGUCAUCGAUGCUGGCACGAUCGAUGCUAGUGAGGCGCAAGAAGGUGUUGUCCAGCAGGUGAUUGCAGAGCGAGUACAAGAGAAGCGCAUCAAGCUCGAUAUAAGGGAGCUAGUCACCGAUUCGAGUAUCUACAUUUCCCACUUUCAUCCACCUCCUCCCUCUCCUCCUGCAACCAAGCCUGUUGAAACGCAUCAAGAAUCAGCUGCACAAGACACUUUUGCGCCACCGACAAGCUCGCUCGACGCGGUUGAGACAGCCACGGUGCACGCGCUUCUCUCAUACCUACGCACGCGCCUGCUAGACCACGAAACCGCCUCGACGCUCACGUCGCUCUCGCUCUCGCGUCCGCUCCACCAGCCACUCGACUCGAUCAUGCAGAUCGACGCGCACACGCUCUGCGCACUCGAAAUCCGCUCCACGGGGCGCCAAGGCUCUACGCGCGGAUCGCUCUUCUCGGUCCUCCGUCGAACCGUGACACGCGGCGGCACGCGUCUCCUCCAGCAAUGGCUUUGCAAUCCCUCCACCUCGAUCAGCACAAUCAACGCGCGCUUCGAUGUCGUCGAGCUCUUCCUGCGUCGCAAAGCUCUGCGCGAAGAUGCAAGGUCGAUUUUGAGGAGCGGAGCAGGUGACGUGAGUAGGGUGCUGCAGAAACUGAUGACCAGGAGAAAUGAUGAGCAGGAUCUGUUAGAGGUGAGAGAUGCAAUCGGAGCGAUGGAUAGGCUAAAGAGGUUGAUGCAGUCUGAGGUGGAGUUUAUGGCUUGUGAAGAAAAGGAGAGGCAGACGCUGGAGAAUCUGGUGUCCAAGUUUCACGAUCUGACCGACUUGGCGAGCAGGUUGGGCGACGCAAUUGAUGAAAGAGUGAUCGCAUUGAGGUUGGAGAGGCAGGAGACGCUCGCGGCGGAAGUCCAAGACAUUGCCGCAGCGUCGUCUGCUUCAGACGGUUCGCGUGCUCAGAUUCGAAACCUCGGUAGCGGCACUCCCACUCGCGCUGCGGCUGCAUCCAAAGGCGUCAGUGCGGCCAAGCGCGGUGGAAACAGUAGCGUCGCAGCCGACCAUGUGGAUCCUGACGACUCUUGUUCGCUCUGGGGCGAUGAUUUCGAACACCUGAUACGACCCGCCUCGUCUAAAGCGCUCGCCAGUCUCACACGCUCGCAUCGCGCGCUGCGGCGCACCGCGCGCAGGCUCGAACUCGACUUUCAACAAGCCUACGCAUCCGACAAUGUUACGCUUCGCUACGUGCUCGGUCAGGGGUACGUCGUGCACUCGCGUGGUAAAGCUUUGGCGUCGACUCCUAACGUGGCGCUGCCGUCGACGUGCACGUCGUCGAUGGAGGAUUUGAGCGUACACAUUGCUGGCAAGAAUCGUUCGACGCACACGUACUACUGCGCUACAUGGACCGCUCUUGGAUCGCGGCUGGAUCGGCUGUGCAAGGAAAUGCAAGCGCUCGAGUCGAUCGAGCUUGAGGCACUGCGUCAACACGUGCUGGAACAAGCUGCGCAGUUGCGCACCAACGCCAGGUUGCUCGACCAGAUCGAUGUGCUAUCGUCCUUCUCGCAAGCGUCGGAAGAGUAUCAUCUGGUGCGACCAAUCGUCGAUGAUUCAACCGAUAUCGACGUUGCUGGUGCGCGACAUCUGUCUGUGGAAAUGGGCUUGCUCGAACGCGGUCGACUGUUUACGCCGAAUUCACUCAACCUCUCGGAUGGAGGUGUUCACAUCAUCACCGGUCCCAAUAUGGGCGGCAAGUCGACUUUUCUUCGAUCGAUCGCUCUGCUUACUAUCCUAGCGCAAUGCGGCUGCUUCGUCCCCUGUUCGCAUCCCUCACGUCUCGGACUGGUAGAUCGCAUCUUCACGCGCAUAGGUGCUCAAGACGACGUUUUCCGCGACCGCUCCACAUUCAUGGUGGAAAUGUGUGAGGUUGGCGAAAUCCUGAAUCGUGCCACACACCGUUCACUCGUCAUUGCCGACGAAAUCGGGCGUGGCACAAGCAACCUCACUGGGAUCGCUGUCGGCUUCGCAACACUCGAGUGCCUCUGGCAACGAAGAUGCAGGACGCUGUUCGCAACGCAUUUUUACGAAAUCUGCGAUCUGGUCAAAGACCAAGCUUGGCCGCGAGUCGAGUUUUGGUCCACCGAUGUCCACCAUACCACACACGGCUCCUUGGUGUAUCAACAUGAAUUGAAGAAGGGCGUCAACACCAACAGCUAUGGUCUGCAGGUCGCAAGAUUGGCCAACCUGCCAGAGCACACGUUGGAGUUGGCCAGCACGACGUUGGCCAAGUUGAAAGCGAGGACGCGCGGCGCUUAG